CACUGCUGUAGAACAAGAUCUGAUUGGGCCAACCCAAAGGCGGUGAUAACAAGCCUGAGGGGCUGUGAACCUGGGAAGUUGCCUCUUUCCACAGAAACACUUGGAAGGUCCAUCCUCAGCCACAGAGGGUAGCCAGGAUCGCCCUGCCAGCCACACGUUCCCAUCCGAACCACUCCAGGCUCCGGCUCGAUUUGGUGAGGCUCUCCGACACCCACUGCCCCACGCUGUCAGGAUGGAAGGGGCUCUUCUUCGACCUUCUUUUCUUUUGCUGCUUCUGCUCUUGCAGCCUGGCGAGUACUCCAGAGCAGCCGCAGACGAGUCGGAGCUGACCGGGAUUCUGGGAGGAUCGGUCACUUUCCCCCUGAGGAUCCCAGCAGCACAGAAAUUUAUACACGGGGCCUGGGCAGUAAACACAAGCAGUCUAGCCACCGUCACCGCAGGGAAACCUCCCCAUGUCCUGGUGUUUGACCUAUCCUACAAGGGACGCCUGCGAUUCCAUGAUGAGAGCUACUCGCUUCAGAUCACCAACCUGAGGAUGGAGGACAUGGGCAGCUACACCGUGGAAUUCAGCACAGACAAAGAGCAAUUCGCCUACAGGGAAUUCACGCUGCGCGUGUCCAAGGGACAACUGCCACCCACCAUCACCUGUGACUCAGUGGCCUGUGAGGAGGACUCCUGUAGCUACACCCUGUGCUGCGCCGUCAGGGACGGAAGGGAGAACGUGACCUACACCUGGAGUAACGCACCCAGCAGCGUUCUGUCCACGGACUCCACCGUGCACAUCCCUCAACGGCACCAGGCUGCCCACAAGGACGUCACCUGCACGGCCCGUCUCCCCGACGGGAACAGCUCCAGGACCAUCUCCCCGAAGGACUUCUGCGCAGAGCAAGUGCCAGCAACAACGAUCGUCUGUGACGCGGUGACUUGUGCCAAUGGAACCUGUAACUACACCCUGCGCUGCGUGGCCGGGGAGAGAGGGGGACGCGUGGCCUACAGCUGGACUCGGAAGGCCAGCGGCGCGGUCGUAUCCACCGGACCCAUUCUGCUCGUCUCUCUGAGACCUUUCGAGGCUCUCCCGGCCGUCGCCUGCACGGCCCGGCACCCCGCAAGUAACAGCUCCAGAAUGGUCUCCCCAAAGGACCUGUGUGCAGCUACCCCGCCAGACCAGUCCCUGGCCUCAUCGCCGUCCUACUGCCUCAUCAUCCUGCUGCUGGCGCUGGGAGCCCUGAGCGCCGGGGCCAUCGCGUAGCACGGCCUCCCCGGCAGGGAGCGGAGAUGGGACCAAGACCAGAGGAGCUUCCACUGCAACUGCCAAUUCCACCGGCCCCAGGCGUUCCCCAGCCUGCUAGGCCAAGGGAUGGAAAGGGGGCGAGGGGGGGGGGAGAUGACACACUCACUUGCAGCUUCCGAAGGGUUAAUGUCACUGAGUCAGGAGCGAAGCAGAAACACUGGGUCCGGCAAUGGGGCCGUCAACUCUCUGAGACAAUGGUGGAAUCGUGGAUCUCGUUAUUCACAUAAAUAUUUAGGAUUGGCUGUAUUUUAAUACUGUGGAUACCGGGUAGCAGUGAGUUCCACAGGUUAACCCCCCAUCUCAUAAAUAAAGUCUCUACCAUUUGA